CGCCCCCUCACCAACGAACCACUCCUCGUUCUUUCUUGAUUGAUCAAUCAAUCGCAGCCAUGUUGUCCACUCUUAGAAUUGCUACCCGCCAGGCUGCUGCCCGCGAGGCGGGUAUGCGUACUGCCUUGGUCGGCGCCCGCUAUGGCUCGACCUGGUCUGGCGUGCCCCAGGGCCCUCCGGAUGCUAUUCUGGGUAUCACCGAGGCGUUCAAGGCCGAUUCGUUCAACGAGAAGAUCAACUUGGGUGUCGGUGCUUACCGUGAUGACAAGGGCAAGCCGUACGUUCUGCCCUCCGUCCGGGCGGCCGAGGACAAGGUUGUUGCGUCGCGCCUCGACAAGGAAUAUGCCGGCAUCACCGGUAUCCCCUCCUUCACCAAGGCGGCUGCCGAGCUGGCCUACGGAACCGACUCGCCCGCUCUGACGGAAGACCGCCUGGUCAUCACGCAGUCCAUCUCCGGAACUGGUGCCCUGAGAAUCGGUGGUGCCUUUUUGCAGCGCUUCUACCCCCAUGCCAAGAAGAUCUACCUCCCCAACCCGAGCUGGGCCAACCACAAUGCCGUCUUCAAGGACUCCGGCCUGGAGGUCGAGAAGUACCGCUACUACAACAAGGACACCAUCGGCCUUGACUUUGAGGGCCUCAUCGCCGACAUCAAGGCCGCCCCGAACAACAGCAUCAUCCUGCUCCACGCUUGCGCCCACAACCCCACUGGUGUCGACCCGACUCAGGAGCAGUGGCGCCAGAUCAGCGAUGUCAUGAAGGAGAAGGGCCACUUUGCCUUCUUCGACAUGGCCUACCAGGGCUUUGCCAGCGGCAACGCUGACCAGGAUGCCUUUGCUCCCCGCCACUUUGUCAAGGAGGGCCACAACAUUGCUCUGUGCCAGUCGUUUGCCAAGAACAUGGGUCUCUACGGUGAACGUGUCGGUGCGUUCUCCCUCGUCUGCGAGAACACCGAGGAGAAGAAGCGCGUCGAUUCCCAGGUCAAGAUCCUCAUCCGUCCCUUCUACUCGAACCCCCCCGUCCAUGGCGCUCGCAUCGCCUCGACCAUCAUGAACGAUGCCGAACUGAACCAGCAGUGGCUGGGUGAGGUCAAGGGGAUGGCGGACCGUAUCAUCGAGAUGCGCUCUCUGCUCCGCAAGAACCUCGAGGAGCUGGGCAGCAAGCACGACUGGUCCCACAUCACCAGCCAGAUCGGCAUGUUUGCCUACACUGGCCUGAAGCCCGAGCAGAUGGACGCUCUUGCCAAGGAGCACUCCGUGUAUGCGACCAAGGACGGCCGUAUCUCCGUUGCGGGUAUCACCUCGGGCAAUGUCAAGAGACUGGCCGAGUCUAUCUUCAAGGUCACCGGUUAGAUAAAAGAGAGAGAGAAGAAAAGGGCUCAGAUAGAGGGUAGAUUUCCAAAUAACGCUAUGGGA